AUGCCCCCAAAACUGACGAUUACUGGUAUUCCAGCCAGCUUCCAGUCCUUCUGGAAUUCGGAUUCAAAUUUAAAUAGGGGCGAUAGCCCCCUUAUUCGAGCAACCCCUCCAGUUGAUGUCUUUCCCCUUGACGAUGAUAGCGAUAUUUACGAUGGCGACGACUACAGCUUACCUACCCCUACCUCAACCAACAGAGAUUCGAAUAUUCAAGGAAGACCGAAGAAGCGGCAAAGGCAAGGGGAAGAGGAGGAUACAAUACAAGGAAAGGGUCGGAUCUUGAGUCCAGAAGACUAUAUCAUACUGUUGAAAAUCUGCCUACGGAUGGGACCUACCUAUCGAUCAACAGAGGCAGUACCGUUCUUCAAUAACGUUACUGCUGAUUGGCAAAGUGAGACAGGGAAAGUCCACGGCACUCUUCGCUGGGUGCUACAGCGGAGGAUCAAUAUAGGACAGAAAUAUCUUGAGAAUCUUGGGACAGGCGAGCAGGACGGCCAAACUGAGACUCAGUUAUACGAGGACAGUUGGAUUGAAGUCCUUGAGGCUGAUGCAGUUGUCAUACGCCAGCGAAAGGAAUAUCGAGGCAAUAUUGACAAGUGGGGUAUUAACCCACCACUACCGUCACCUCAGAAUACCCUUCCUGCGCUCCAGGGACAGCAAUUAGUGGGCAGUGAGGAGUUAGACGAUGUCAUCGUUAUUGAAGAUGACGACAGUCCUGCUCUAUCGCCAAUUCCAUCUCCAUACCGAGCUUCUCCUUCACCACACUUAUCCUCUUCUUCUCAGUGUCCUAAGAAUUGCCACCUACUUGCUCUAGAAGAACAAGAAGAUCAUCUUAUGACGAUGGUAGAAGGGCUUGUAGAAGUAGCUGCUUCAACUGCUGCUUCAACUGCUGCUUCCUCAACUGCGUAUUUAGAUCCAGCAGUAUUACAGGAGCAGUUAGAAGCCUGUCUUAAGGCGCAAGAAGAGCAGCUUCAAGCUGCAAUAGCUAUGCAGCUUGAGGAUCUUUGA